AAAUGGCGACCGGUAUGUGGAGUUCCCCUCCCGAUUACACGUCUACGCCCACUGACAUGCACAGUACGGAUUUGUCUUUGCGGCGACGAUGGUGUCGGCAAGAGCUCCAUCAUCACGUCUCUCGUCAAGGAUGUCUUCGUCACAGCCAAGAUCCAACCCGUCCUACCACAGGUCACCCUACCGCCCACGCUCGGAACGCCUGACAAUGUCACCACCACCAUCGUCGAUACUUCCGCCCUCCCCCACGAACGACACACUCUCCGUACAGAACUCCGAAAAUCCAACGUAAUCCUCCUUGUAUACUCGGACCACUACAGCUAUGAGAGGGUUGCCUUGUUUUGGAUGCCCUACUUCCGCUCGCUGGGCGUCAACGUGCCAGUGGUGCUAUGCGCGAACAAAUCCGAUAUCGCUUCAAACGGCACGACGUCGCAAGUAGUGUCGGAGGAGAUGCUGCCAGUCAUGAACGAGUUCAAGGAAAUCGACUCCUGCAUACGGACGAGCGCCAAGGACCACCACAAUAUCAACGAGGUCUUCUUCCUCUGCCAAAAGGCCGUCACCCACCCGAUAGCACCCCUGUACGACUCCAAAGAGAACGUACUGAAGCCGGCGGCUAUCUCUGCAUUACAGCGCGUCUUCCAUCUAUGCGACACAGACAAGGACGGAUAUUGGAACGACCAGGAGAUACACGAUUUUCAAAUCAAAUGCUUCGAGAAGCCACUGGGCGACGAUGACCUGGCAAACAUAAAGAGGUCGAUGGAGCGGUUUGCUCCUGGUCUGACCGGCGAAUAUGGCAUGGACGAGAAAGGGUUCCUACUCUUGAACAAAAUCUUUGCGGAGAAGGGUCGGCACGAAACCAUCUGGAUUAUACUGAGGAAGUUUCAUUACACUGAUAGUCUCAGUCUCCAGGACACGUUCCUUCACCCCAAAUUUGACGUUCCUCAAUUCUCAUCGGCCGAGUUGAGCCCCGCUGGCUACCGCUUCUUUGUGGACCUCUUUCUGAAGUUCGACAUGGAUAAUGACGGAGGACUCAAUGACAGAGAGCUUGCCAAUCUGUUCGCACCCACCCCAGGCAUGCCAACAUCAUGGGUAGACUCUGCAUUCCCAUCGUGUACAGUGCGCAAUGAAGCAGGUUACAUCACGCUACAAGGUUGGCUCGCGCAGUGGAGCAUGACUACUUUUGAAGAACCCAAAACGACUCUAGCAUACCUAGCAUAUCUCGGAUUUGAAAGCGGCGAACGUGGGGGGACGACCAGCGCACUCAAAGUAACCAAAGCGAGGAAACGAAGGAAGAAGCCUGGACGAGUCGAACGUAACGUCUUCUUGUGUUACGUGCUUGGGUCGAGCGGGAGUGGAAAGAGCUCAUUGCUGUCUGCUUUCCUUCAACGACCGUUCAGCCACACGUACCAUCCCACCAUAAAACCGCGCUCAGCUGUCAAUAGCGUUGAACUCAAAGGUGGUAAACAAUGCUAUCUGAUUCUAGAGGAGCUCGGCGAACUCGAACCCGCGAUUCUAGAAAACCAGGCCAAGCUAGAUGCGUGUGAUUUGUUGUGCUACACAUACGAUUCGAGCGAUCCCACUAGCUUUGCGCAUAUCGUCGAGUUACGGAAAAAGUAUCCUCACCUCGACCAACUACCAGCAGUAUAUACAGCCCUAAAGGCAGACCGGGACAAGACGAUGCAGCGGUGCGAGCAACAGCCCGACGAAUACACCAGCGCUCUGAGGAUGGCGCCGCCUCUACACGUCAGCACGACGUGGAACAGUAUCUCGGAGCUGUUCGUCCACCUAGCCGAAAGCGCUACCUAUCCAUCCACGGCUUUUCCCAAACAGGAAGAAGACGAAUAUGACUAUCUCAACCUUUACUUAGCGCUCGGUGCCGUUACCUGUGCCGCAACCGACCGAGCACGAGAGCUAGACCGGCUAUAUCAGAUGCGAAACCCUCCCCGUCGGGGGCAUGCGCCGCAGAUAUCCAUCAGCGAUGACAGCCACCACGUCACAGAGGCCAUAGGCGACAUGUACGGCGGAGAUAGCGACACCGAGUCGAACCGACGCAGCCUGCGCCCCCUAAGCUUCAUUCCCAGCCCCAACGGCGACUCGAUCCAGUCCUUUGGCGCCUUCGAGGCCUUUGACCCCUUCCCCAGCGCUCCGCCCGCAAGAUCCCCGCUGCGUCCCCAGCUGUCCUUCGAGAAGCCAGCAACGCCGACGAGCCCAAAUGGCAGCACCAAUAUGCCCCAGAAGCGGGCUUCUAUCGGCCGAAACCCCUCAAAUGGCGGCGAGAUAUCCCCUCCGCUGUCUCGUUCAAACUCCAACACGGCGUCGCACCAGUUCCCGCUCAACAACCUCGACUACGAAAACAGUCCUGCGGGUCUUGCCCAGGAAUUGAGCAACCUGCAGGCCAUACGGAGGAUGUCAAUGGGCGUUAACAAUGCCGAUCCCGAUCUACCUUCGUUCCAAUCCGCCAACUCACCGCCCUCUCCUCCCGCCGUGUCUGAGGAGGAUGAAUCAAAACUCUUCUGGGUGCCCGCCCGCUUGCACCCCGAACUCGCCCCUAUGGAAUUCAAGACUUUUAUCGAGGACAAGAUUGACAGGACGAGACGACGUUCAGGAGACUCGGAUUCACUAUCGCCAGACGGUGCCAUGGGACGUCAGGGCUCAGGUGGAGGUUUACGGCGCAAGAAGUCUAUGCUUUCCAGGCAAAUCGAUACCGGUAGCGGCUACAAAGAUGGUGCUGAGAGACUGGAACGGAAACGCUCCGGUACGCAAUCUAGCGGCGGCCUGUCCAAUCUUCAAGAGCUCGAGCACAUACAGGAGGACCCGGUGGCCUUGAUAAGACGUAUGAGCAUCGACCACAAGGCUAUUGCUGGAGAAGGGGAGGAGGGUGUCGAUGGGAUGCCAAUCGUACCAGGCAGUAAAAUGCGUGGUUUGGGGACGCUAAAGAGGUCAACACAUACUACUUAUAGGCGAGGCAGUCUACGCAAAGGUGGUCCAGCCCUCUCACGUCGGCUUGUCUCUGGCCGACAGGCAGAAACUGAUACAGAAGACUCGCCGUCUACCUCCCCUGUACAUUCUACCGAAAGCAUACCUGAAGUCCCGCCUCUCCCAGGACUUGCGCGCGUUCAGUCUGAACCCGUCAAUGGCGCAUUCGAGGGAUCGUCCAACAACUUCUCGCGGCCACAAGCAAAUCGAGCAUCUCCCAGCUAUGGUGGAGAAAGACCCGGCUCAUCGGAGGAACAUCCCAGGUCAGCCUCUACUGAGCCUAUGACACAGGACCGAACUUCGCCUCAGCCUCGGCAGUUCCAUUCGAGGAUCGCCUCGAACGGUCGAACGACAGCACCUUUGCCCGGCUAUACCCCUCCACCACAGCAAGUACCCCAAAUCAUCGAGACACCACCGCCACAGGAACAGAACAGGACACCUCAGUUUACACUACCGGAACGCCACUCUUCCCGCCAACCACCGCCUCAAUCCCAGCAACAGCCUGCUGGUCCCCGUCAUUAUCCUCAGCCUCAGCAGCAGCCUCCGCAACAACAGCGCCAGCCUCAGCCUCAGGCAGGCCGCCCAAAUCGCCAUGCACAAGCCGCCCAGAAUUCCCCUAUCAAGCCCGCGCAAUCUUUUGACGAUUUAGUAGCCCAGCCUUCCGCGAUGCCUGGCCAGAAUAACAGAGUAGACUCAUUGUCCAUUAUCCCAAAUGCGCCGGAAGACAAGAAGUCCGACGGGAAAUCCAAAGACAAGAAGGACGGUUCCGAAGGCGGCCCAAGGAAGACAAGUUGGGGUUGGUUUGGUGGUGAUAAAGAAAAGGAAAAGGACAAAAAGGGCGGAAAAGACGCAGAGAAAGAAAAAGACAAAAAGGUUAAGAACAAGCUCAGCAAGCCUCAGGAAAAGGGUCACGAUGAUACAAGACUGGACCUCCUGCAAACGUCGAUACAAGGUGGUGGUCGUGGUCGUGAAAGCGUUGUGUUGGAUCGAGAGAGUAUCAAGCUAGAAGAGGAGCGGAAGAAGGAGAGCGCCAGAAAGACGUCUAGCGAAGGCAAGAAAGAGAAGGAGCCCGGAUUACUAUCCUCCAUCUUCGGAGGAGGAAAGAAGAAGGGCGAGAAGGAGUCGUCUCACAAGAAGAACGCCUCACGCGGAUUAUCGCCUGAGCCCCCGCCACGCAUCUUGAAGCCCGAUAUCGAUUAUAACUGGACCAGAUUCUCAAUACUCGAAGAACGUGCGAUCUACCGCAUGGCUCACAUCAAGCUCGCGAACCCUCGUCGUGAACUCUAUUCUCAGGUCUUGUUGAGCAACUUCAUGUACUCAUACCUCGCCAAAGUCCAACAAAUGCACCCGCAGAUCUCCAUUGGUAACUCCAAACAAGCGAAGCAGGCUCAACAGGCUCAACAGCAGCAGCAAGCCGCGCAGCAGAAGAAGGAGCAGCAACAGCAACAAGCCGCCCAACAAGCUCAACAACAGCAAUCGCAGCCUGAGGAGUUUGCUCAGUAUCAGCGAUACCAGCAGCAACAGCAGCAGCAGCAGCAACAUGAGCAACAAUCAGAGAAAUCCAAUGAAUGGCCAAGCAUGGCAGUGACGAGGUGGGAUGGGACAACGUCUGACGGUCGUUUUGACUUGGGGUUCGUGAUAAGUCAGGAUAUCAGUCUGAGAAUGAUGAGAAUGAACGGCGUCCAGCCCUCGCAACGAAAAGGGGUACGUCAAAAGGAUGGUAACAACAAGCGUGAUAGUCAGGGCGAUGCGACGAUGGCACGAGGUAUGAGCACGAGUAGGAAUUCGCGCUCAAAAUCCAGCUUGAACAACGACACAUCUUCGAAAGCCGACAAAGAAAUCCUAGAAGAGCACGAUAACAACGGGGCAGAUAUAGAAAAGGGUGGUGCGGAAGAAAAGUCCGAUGAGGAAUCGCUUGAAGAAUCUAAAGAAGAACGCGAGAGAGCGAACCAGAUUCGAGAGCAAGAGAAAGACCAAGUCGACCGCAAUAUGAGCAUCGAUGAAGAAGAGAUCGUACCUACAGAUAGUGAUGAUGAUUCUGCUGACUCCUCCGAUGUAUCCGAGCAAGGCCUGCUCGGUAAGAUCUACGCAAACUGGAAGAUCCGCAAGCUGAAGGAAAUACUGCGGGUGAAGGGGACAAGCGAGAGUUGGCUCAAGGGUACCACAAACAUCGACGACCAUGAGUGGAACAAAGAGACCUUACGCGACUUUCGAGAAUUGUCUCGUCUGACGAAGGACAAGCGUGAUGUUGCAAUAGCACAUAUUGCCAAGAGACUGCAACGGAGAAAGCAUAAAUCAGGCGGCGAAGGAACUGGUUCUAGCAGAGACGACAAGGAGCCCAGAUUGCGCGCAGAUUUAAAGGCGAUUUGCGCGGACUUGGAGGAAAAGCGGAAAGCAGAAGAUGAUGAUGAGGGUGAUGAAGAGCUGGCAGGACCCAAGAAGAAGAAGCCAAAAAAGAAGGAGUCUUCAUCUAAAGAUGAUGAGAAUGAUGCUGACAGCACUCUCGAUGACUUCCCUGUUGGCACUGAGAUACAGAACCAAGAGGAUAGAGAUAUUGCACUCAUACGCAUCUGCAAGAAUUUGGGAACCACUUCGCUCCUUGAAUUUCUUCCAGCAGGGUUGCAUCCAAUUGGUGUAAAAAGCGAUAGAGACCUAGAUUGGAGAAUUGUUGGCCAAAUGCUUGACUACUCCAACGCUAUUAGAACAGAAGCGCAACGCAACAUUUUGAGACAAGAAUUGGUGCCACUGAUCAAACACAACCCGCCACAAAAGCCGACAGCAGAAUUGGAAGUACAUCUCAUAAACAGCCAGCCCAAGGGACUCAACAACAGGGGAGCACCUCCUUCACUUCAAAUCUUUCAGAGCAACCAAGGCACCAAACAGGACAGCAAGGCUUUUCACAAGCCCCAGUACAGAUAG